CUCGCAUCUUCCUCGACUUGCAAUUGUGCCUCGAACAAGCCAAAUUUUGUUAUCUGUCGUCAAAACGUAUCUCUUUCUCUUAUACAUGCCUCCGAGGCCUAGCUCCCAGAACGUGAGCACAUCGCCAGGUAAGCUUGAAAUCAUUUCUCACACACACAGAAGUCGAUAAAACCAGCAGUCGAGCGUGUUUAAAGUACCCUCACCAAAGGUGAACCUCUUCCCACACUUUCACACGAUCGACCCGACCUUUCACGCCAAUAAAGUCUUCUCGAACUCUUCGGCACCACUAUCCACUCUUCAAAUACGCCAACGUCUGUCGUCCAAUCUGUGCGGCAACAACUACACUACCAACCACAACAUCGAUUUUGUAAUACUCGAGUUGAUCAAACCAGCAAAAUGUCUACCAACAACCAGAUUAUUGGCCCCGUCGCCUCUGCUGUCACCGCAGUCGCCAAUCAGGAGUUCACUCCGGAGCAGCUUGAACGCAUCAAGAGUGUCGUCAACUGCCUGAUCACACCAUCCGACCCUGUGCCCACGCCUGGUGCAGCAGUCACUGAGUUCUUACGUACUCAAGAUCUCAUGAGAGCUCGCAUUGGUCCUAUCAUACCUUCCUACAAGCCUCAGCGUUUGAGAUUAGUCCAACUGCCCGCCGAAAUCCGCAACCAGAUCUAUCGUUAUCGCCUUGUCGUCGGCAAGAUCUUCCCUGGUUCACAGAAAUACGAAGACAAUCGCACAGAUGAACGCUUCAACUACCAAAAGCCGCAGAAUCAGCUCCUCCAAGUCUGCCGACAGGGUUUCAACAAAGCAGCGCCUUUGUACUUUGCAAAGAACACGUUUGUUCUCCCGUAUGACCGUGGAGCUGGAUUCUGGAGCUGGCGCACGCGCCGAUCGUCUCUUGUCACUCGGUCUGGAUUCACAAACCUCAAGUCUUUGAGUAUCACCUUCAGUAUGUACAGCGGUAUGACGGAGUUGCGCGAGGCCUUCAAGUGUGGCUACGAUGACGACGCCUUCGAGGAUGAGAUAUUCGACACCUGGAAGGACACAGUGGAACUGCUGUCUUAUCUAAAUUUGACGUUGCUUGAGGUCUCGCUCGCCGAUUGCUGGUGCUCAUUCUGCCACUCUCGAAAGGCAUCUCUGGCCUUGGAGGUCUUGCUCAAUUAUAUCCAAUGCAAUCUGCGAGUGGUCAUCACGGGGUUCAAGAAUGUGAGAGAAUUUCGGGAAGUAAAGAAGAUGAUCGAGGCAAAGCGUACUCAAGGCGGAAUUCAUGGUCAGACCUGGGGAGCUGAAUUUGAACAAAAGGAUGACGAGGACAAGUACAAGCUUGCUUUCCAAGUCUGCGAUGAACCAGUGGAGGAGUGAGUGAAAGUGCUACCCAGCGCGAAACGUAACCAAUUCAGUGAAGUUAGUCAGG